CUCACUCCAAUAGUCCAAUGAGCCAUCACUUCCAAAAUCCCUCUACCAAAAAAAAAAACAACUCUCCUACUCCACAAUUUCUUCCUCUCUAUAAAUACCUCGAUUCCAUCCAAACACACCAUCUCCAACAUUCUCCUCUCUCUCUCUCUCUCCUCCCCUCCAAUUAAACUCACAAUACAACACUCCUAUCUUUAUCUCCAAUUCUCAACUAUCAAAACCCCAAAACAAAACUAAAAAAAAUGAAAGAACAUAAACAUGAACACAAACACAAACAUAUCAUCAUCUCACUCUUCUCCCUCCACUUAUUACUCCUCCUCUUAUCCUCCUUUGUGGAAGCAUCGGCGGCAGCAGCUCGUAGAUCCUCCGGCGAGAACCCAUUUACGCCGAAAGCGUACGCGAUCCGAUACUGGAACAACAAGAUCUACAAAGUCCCUCGACCUCAAUUCCUCCUUUCAAAAGCCUCCCCACUUUCUUCAUCUGACUCAGCCCGAUUCACUCAACUCGCUUCAACCAACUCACUCUCAACUCACUUAACCACUUUCUGUAAACUCGCUAACCUCCUAUGUUUCCCUGACCCCACCACAUUUUCUCUCUCCUCCACGUCAUCAUCAUCGAAAAAACACCCUUCAGACGCCAAAUUCUCCGCUUACUCCGACAACAACUUCACCAACUACGCUACCGGCGCAGCCGGUGGCCUCAACUCGUUCACAAACUACUCAGCUGAAGAAAACGAGCCACUCGACUCGUUCCGCCGGUACAGCCGUGACUCAGCGGGUCACAAUGACGAGUUCAUCAACUACGCUAAAGACGGCAAUGUUAUCUCCCAAACAUUCAAUACUUACGCCGCCGGAGCUACCGGUGGCGCCGGUAGUUUCUCGUCGUACGCCGAUAAUGUCAAUGCUCCAGGCCUACAGUUCACCUCGUACUUAGACGAGGCGAAUGGUCGGGUUAAUUCAUUCAAGUCUUACUCAACUGAAGCAAAUGCUGGCGAUCAAGGAUUCGGAAACUAUGGAAAGAAUGGUAAUGGAUUGAUAAACGGUUUUAGUAGAUAUGGAGAGAACACGAAUGUUGUUGGAUCAACUUUUUCUGGGUAUUCACAGACAGGUAAUAGUGGGAAUGAUAGUUUUACAUCGUAUGGUUUUAAUGGUAAUGUACCUGAGAAUAAGUUUAAUAGUUAUGCUGAUGGUGGAAAUGCUGGUGUUGAGAGUUUUAGUAGUUAUAGAGAUCAAUCUAAUGUUGGUGAUGAUGUUUUUAAGUCUUAUGCUAAGAGUUCUAAUAUUCAGAAAGUUGAGUUUGGUAAUUAUGCGCAGAGUUUUAAUCAAGGGUCCGAUAAUUUUACCGGGUAUGGUGAAGGUGCUAAAGGGCAAGAUAUCGGGUUUUCGACGUAUGGGCAAGGAAGUAAUUUCAAGUCGUAUGCUAAAAAAGGGGUUACUUUUGCUGAUUAUAGAAAUACUAGUAGUAGUACUAGUAGUGGUGGUGGAGUUGGGGUUUUGAUGGCGAAUAAGGGUAAAAAGGUAAAUAAAUGGGUGGAGCCAGGGAAGUUUUUUAGGGAGAGAAUGUUGAAGGAAGGGACUAUAAUGCCAAUGCCGGAUGUAAAGGAUAAGAUGCCACCAAGGUCGUUUUUGCCGAGGUCGAUUUUGUCGAAAAUACCCUUUGAAAGUUCGAAAAUUACGCAAUUGAGGGAGAUUUUUCAUGCUUUUGAUAAUUCUACUAUGGAGGGGAUGUUAAACGCUGCGUUGAGGGAGUGUGAGCGGGCGCCUAGUAUGGGUGAGACUAAGAAGUGUGUUGGAUCGGUUGAGGAUAUGAUUGAUUUCGCGGUUUCGGUUUUGGGACGAUCCGUGGAGGCCCGGACUAUUGAUAAUGUAAACGGGUCGAAAACGGAUAUUUUGAUAGGGAAGGUUAGAGGGAUAAAUGGUGGGAAGAUUACCAAGUCUGUUUCUUGUCAUCAAAGUUUGUACCCGUACUUGUUGUAUUAUUGUCAUUCGGUCCCAAAGGUUCGGGUUUACGAGGCGGAUAUUUUGGAUCCGAGUACCAAGGCUAAGAUCAACCAUGGUGUCGCUAUAUGUCAUAUUGAUACCUCGGCUUGGAGCCCCACCCACGGAGCGUUCAUCGCGCUUGGGCCGGGUCCAGGUAAGAUUGAAGUUUGCCAUUGGAUAUUUGAGAAUGAUUUAACUUGGGCUGUUGCUGAUUUCUAAAACAAAUGUACUUGAACCAAAAAAAAAAAAAUUGAGGCAGACAUUCCAAUUGAGAUUUGGUACUCUACUUGAGAACCAUUUUUGGGAAUGGACCAUAACAUUUAUAAAUUCGGGUAGUUUUUUUUUUCUAUUUUAUUAUUUAAAAUCAGUUUAGUGGCUUUGCAAAGGCCGAGCCACAACCGUACCAGCAAAAAAUUGUAAUUUGUUGUUUCUAAAUGUUGGUUACUACCUUGUCAUUGUUCUUAGAAUUUGGGUAAAUUUUACUAUAGAGGAUAAAAUAAUGAAUAUAUAUUUUUAUAUAUUAUAUAGUAAGUACUAUAUGUAUGUACCAUUAUUAAAUGAUAUGAAAUGGAUACAACCACUAAUUUAAUGCA